AUGUAUAGAUUUUUAAAUAAAUUUUAUAGCUUUCCAAGAAUUUCUCGGCAUCUUUCAGGGACGUCAAAGGAGGACAUUCAAUAUCUUGUUGAUGGGGUUCUAGGCAGAGAUCGUGCUAAACUAGCUGAAGCAAUCACCCUCAUAGAAUCUUCUCAUCCAAAGAAGAAGAUUUUAGCUCAACAUUUGUUAAGCGAAGUUUUAAAAGUAUGUCGACAGAAUUUAUUCCAGCCUCAUUCAUAUCGCAUUGGUAUUUCAGGCUCACCUGGAGCAGGGAAGUCCACUUUUAUUGAAGCUUUAGGGACAAUAUUGACUGACAGAGAUCAUAGGGUGGCAGUACUUGCUGUGGAUCCAUCAUCUGUUACGACUGGUGGGUCAUUACUAGGAGAUAAAACACGAAUGACAGAACUUAGUAGACAUCCUAAUGCUUUUAUUCGACCAUCUCCAUCAAGAGGUGCCUUAGGUGGUGUGACUCGAUGUACAAAUGAUGCUAUAGUUCUAUGUGAAGGAGCUGGUUAUGAUACGAUCUUGGUUGAAACAGUUGGUGUAGGUCAAUCAGAACUUGCCGUCUCAGAAAUGGUAGAUAUGUUUAUCUUGUUAGUCAGUCCUGCAUCCGGAGAUGAAUUGCAAGGGAUUAAACGUGGGAUUAUGGAGGUUGCAGAUCUAAUAAUUAUUACUAAAGAUGAUGGAGACUUGAAAGCAGCUGCCAGAAAAAUGAAGGCCGAGUACAUAAGUGCAAGUAAAUUUUUACGGAGCAAGAAGUCUUUAUUGUGGAAGCCUAAGAUUCUCACCGCUUCAUCAACAAAACGAGAAGGUAUUAAUGAAGCAUGGAAUCAGGUGGACGAAUUUUUUAAAAUUAUGACUGAAUCAGGGGAACUAAAAAUGAGACGAAAAGAACAGCAUGGACUUUGGAUGUGGAGUUACAUAAAAUAUGAAGUUCUGGAAUUAUUUAAGAAACAUCCAGCUGUCAAAGAGAAUGUCAGGUAUUAUGAAGAGCAAGUUAAAAGAGGAAACAUUACACCAGGAUUAGCUGCUGAUGAAUUAUUGGGGCUGUUUUUACAAUCACGCUGAUUAAAAGAAGAAACAAACAAAAUCUAAUAAAGAUUACCAUAUUACUUGAAAUGACUCUCUU